AUGAGCAACGCUGCACUCUGCUUACUGAAAGAGGCAAGGUGCUCAUCCUAUUUGGACAGCCAAUUCAACUACAAAAGCCUAUCGAUCGCCUUGUCAGACAUGGCCGAUUUAUUUUCCAAAGCACAGGGCAUUGUCAUGAAAUCAACGAUGGGCGAUCAAGACGAAUCGAUGGGCGAAUCGGAAAGAAACCUGCUGCUUAUUUAUCACACAACCAUAUUGAGAAUUCAACGCAUCUUAACUGCAUCCCUGGUCAAGCACAUGCAGCAGUUGAUGGGUCUCUCGAAGCACUAUACUCCUGCCGAUUCGAAAGAAGUCGAAUUGAUCAAAUCGUACGAGAAUUCCCUUGGUACUAUUAAGGGCCUAUUUCCAUCGCUGGAUUUGUUUGUCCAAGGCUGCAGCAUUACCGACGGGCCCAGGAAGCUUUUUUCGCUCGUUCGCGUGGUCGAAGAUUGCGGCGUCAUUCAGACGGAGCGCGGAUUUCUAACGCUCGAUGCAGAUACCCUUCAUUUUGUGCGUGCAGAUGAUGUGCGGCAUUUAAUGUUGCAGCGGAAGCUUGUUUUUGUAGAUUGA